AUGUAUCCCGGACUUCUCAUUUGGAAUCUUCAAAUCCGUCGAAAGAUCAAGCUGAUCAUAGCGCUUUUGAUGGGCCUCGGCAUAAUCGCAACAGUAUUUGCGAUUGGUAAAAUAAUUGACUUCGGCAUUAUGGGAGCUAGGAGUCAUGCCUAUUUAGGUAACUUGUUUCAUGUUAUCGAAAUGUGGGUAUUGCUAAUUGCUUCAAGUGCUGCUCCGCUUUGGCCUCUUCUCAAGCAGCGAGGGAAGGAAAAGUCAAAAGUAGAAGAGGAACCUUGA